UAUUUGUUUAGAUCAUAAUGUUUUAUCCAAAAUUCUAACAAAAAUGUGAAGGCAACUACUAAAGUUGGAUAUGGGGUGUAUAGAUUAAAAUAAUAUAACAAUUAAUUAUACAAGGUCUAAUUGUAAUUAACCGUUGAAAAUAUGAAAGGGAUAGUGGUUGGAUUCUGAUUGGGUAAUAAUGAAAGGAGGUUACUCCUCCAAAAACCCUAUAAAUAAUACAAGUUGAAGAGCAUGUAUGUAUAAUUUGAAGAGCAAUAUAUAGAUUCAUAAAAGUAAAUAAUAAAAUAAUGGAUGCAAGUUCAUCAUCGCAGCCGAGGAGUGUACGGCAUACCACCCAUCCCGGACACCUACUCAAGCUCGUCUACGACCCAGACGAAUUCGUAUGCGACGGUUGCGAUGGGCUAGGGUCCGGGUCCAGUUACAGCUGCUACCCAUGCGGUUUUAACCUCCACGAAUUCUGCGCCACGUGUCCGUCCACCACCGAAUCGGUCUUCCACCCCAGGCACCCACUAACCCUAGUCAACCUGCCGAUGGUGAACAACCGGGUCUGCGACCUGUGCGGGGACUACGUGUGUGGGCUCUUCUACACGUGCCGCCCGUGCGGCUUCGACGUGCACCCGCUAUGCACGCAGCUGCCCGUCCACGUGAAACUCCCGAUGCACCGCCAUAGCUUGAAACUGAAGCCAGGAGCCGUGACCGCUUGUGAUCUCUGCGAUGAAGAUUGUACCUCUUGGAGGUACAGCUGCGGUAAUUGCCAAGUUGAUAUCCACCUCGAGUGUGCUCUUGAAGAUGACGAUGAUGAUGAAAUCGUAGAGCCGCCGCCGCCGCCGCCGCGGAAGGCGGUUUCUGGUGGCUAUUACCGUGAGCCGCCCCCGAUGUCGAUGGGGUACAACAAUCAAUAUCGGCCGCCGCCUCCGAGGAUGGGGUACAACAAUCAAUAUCAGCCGCCGCCUCCGAGGAUGGGGUACAACAAUCAAUAUCAGCCGCCCCCGCCGAGGAUGGGGUACAACAAUCAAUAUCAGCCACCGCCGGGGUGCAGUCAGCAGUCACGGAGGGUUAUGCCGGCUGAACGGCAGAAAAGUAGCGGAAACAAAAAGAAAAAGAUUUAUUCUAUUGUGGGUAGGUUUGCCCUCAACACAUUGGCAACUUCCAUUACUGGAAUUCCCAUGGGCUUCUGA